AUGGCAACCGCAACCUGGGCCUGUGCUCUGCCGAGCUCUCCAGGCCAGAAAGCUCAUUGCCGCCGACAGAGCAGAGCCCAAAAGGGUUUGCUUGAGAUCGACGAAGUGUAUCCGCAAAGCAGGCGCGCGGAGCUUCAUGACAGAAAUGAGGCCACAUGCGAAGGAUCCGGGCAGAUCUCAGCUGUGCUGAUGCGACCAGAAGCCACCCGGGCACCCGCAAGGACUUGCCAGCACUGCCCUUCCGACAAGGGUCACCGCAUUGGCGCCGUCCUGAAAGGCUUACACAGGCUCUUGCAGCGCUUGAAUCACCAGGUGCGCCGCACCGUGUUGGAAACGCGUUUCACAGAAGCUCAACGCUAUGACUUCGAACGUUGGAUGUUGUCUCGCUCCGUGGUAUCGUGCAGAUCGCCUCUUCCGAGGACGCAAUUGUGUAAGCAGGAAGUGCAGAAGGAGAGAAGGAAACAUCGGAAGCCGUCCAAAGGCUCCAAGAAGGCUUCACUUGCGGCUUUGUGCAGACUGAAGAACGGUCUUCCGCAUCAGCCGGGACUGGUCGUCCACUCUCGUCAAGGUAGAGAGGAGCGAUACUACUCCGUGGUGCUGACUGUCGGACGCAUCCGCCUCUUGACACGAGAGCAUCGUGAUCUUCAGGUAGUGAAAGCAUUUCAUGCAGCUUUGGUUGCCUUCAAGAAACGCAUGGAGGGUGUUGCACAGGCUUCUUUCGAAGAGAGGUUUCGACAAGAAUUGAGAUUUUCUCUGGAUGAGCACAGGCUGAACCCCGGCGCCAUGGGUCUGCGCUUCUGCGUUUGCUUGGCUCCUCUUUGGGCCAGGCCGUUAGUGACUCCGCCAUUCCGGGCUGAGGGUGAGGCACUGGAGGCCGGCCUCCUCGCCUGGAGGCGCCUGGGAGAGGCCCGUGGCUGGGUGCCCCGACGGAGCUCCGUCCUCCAG